UUUAAACUUUCCAAGUAUUAACUUGCUAAGAAACACUUUCCUUCUAGAUAAACAAUAAAAAUUCAGUUUCCGCGUUUUCCUCGGCCAAUACUUUUGAGUUCUCUCUCAAACGUGCAAGCUAAUUUCCCAAAUUCUCUCCAUCCAAAUUCAAUUUAAUCCACUGUUUCAUAAUUCUCUUCUUCAAGCUUCUUCUUCAUUGCUUCUAGUUCUCCUCCUUCUUCCCUUUCUAUUUAAACUGAACCCCACAUUUUUCUAUUUCUCCACCAGUCCCUUUCCAUUCUCCAUUGCCUUUCUGGGUUUUGUCCCUUUCUCAUAUUUCACAAACCCCUUUUGAAGAUUUCCACUAUUUCUUCAACUUUCACUUCAAACCCUCUCUCAAUCGAAGACCUUUCAGUCUUUUUCUUCAUUUUCAGGAAGAACCCAGGUUGUAAAAUCUGAGGAAAUUUGUUUUGUUUCACUAAAAAUUCGAAGUAAUGGGAGCCCAUUUGAGCAAGAAGUCUUCAGUCUCUUCCAUUAAUUUAUCACCAAAUUUGACUUACACGACGGAACUGAGUUCUUAUGAGGCGGCUUGUAAAGCUGAUGCUGAUCUACAAUCGUUUGAUUCCACGCUUCAAGCUCGUACUCAUCAAGCAAUCAAUACAAUCGCUGUUGGCGUUGAGGUUAGAGCACUUUCCUUUGAUUCUCUCAAAGAAAUCACAGAAUGUUUAUUAGAAAUGAAUCAAGAAGUUGUGAAAGUCAUUUUGUCUUGUAAGAAAGAUAUAUGGAAGAAUCAAGAGUUGUUUGAAUUAGUUGAGGAGUAUUUUGAGAAUAGUUUGCAGUCUUUAGAUUUCUGUACAGAAUUAGACAAGUGUUUGAAAAAGGCUCGUGAUAGCCAUCUUUUGAUUGUAAUGGCGAUAGAACGAUUUGAGGAGGAAGUUAAAAUGGUAGAUGGGAAUGGAUAUGUUAAAACUCUACAAGAGUUAAAGAAUUUCAAGGCUGCUGGUGAUCCAUUUACAGAUGAGUUUUUCCAAAUAUUCAAUGCUGCUUAUAGGCAUCAGAUCGGAAUGUUGGAGAAACUACUAAUAAGGAAGAACAAACUUGACAAGAAACUCAAAUCCAUGAGCACUUGGAGGAAAGUGUCUAGCAUGAUCUUUAUAGCUACUUUUGCCACUGUGUUGAUAUGUUCAAUUGUGGCAGCUGCCAUGGCAGCUCCACCAGUUGCCGCGGCAAUGGCAGCAGCAGCCUCGAUUCCGGUGGGAUCAAUGGGGAAAUGGAUUGAUUCAUUGUGGAAGAAGUACGAGGCUGCUUUGAAAGGACAGAAGGAAGUGGUAAGCUCAAUGCAAGUGGGAACAUAUUUAGCUAUUAAAGAUAUGGAUAAUAUUAGAGUGCUUAUCGAUAAAUUGACAGUGGAGAUAGAAUCACUUCUGAAGAAAGCAGAUUUUGCCAUUGAAGAGGAAGCUGUGCAACUUGGGGUGGAAGAGAUGAAGAAGAAAUUGGCGCAGUUCAUGAAGAAUGUGGAGGAUUUGGGAUUACAAGCUGAUACUUGCAGUAGAGACAUUAGGAGGGCGAGGACAGUGAUUUUACAAAGGAUUAUAAAACAUCCUAACAACUGAAUUAAAUAAAUAAAGUGUGUUCUAAUUUCAUCACAUUGCUCUGUUCUGCUAAUUGGAAUUUGAUGUUUUGGUAAAUUGGUUUUGGAUUUUGCUUUAUAUAUAUAUAUAUAUUAUGAUGAAUCCAAUAAGAUUGUUUCAUUGUAAAAACUUGGAGAACUUUGGGUGUUAGACUUGUUAUUGUUUAAGAAUUCUUAUGCUUGUAUAAGUGUAAUUUUUAAGUAA